CUGACGCUCGUCGUUUUGUGCCUCGUACUUCUCUUGUCAGUCGUCGUGCAGAUCAAUGAAACAACUUUGCGAAGAGGAAGAAAAAUCGAUAAGACAUUGAGACGAGACGGAACAAGACACGGAGGGGCGAUAGGAUAAGUACAUGAGUGUAAUUUUGCGUCAUUUAGGCAAAGCGCCGAUAUUGUAGGCAGACUUGCGAAAGAAAAACAAGUGCGCUCGUACCAGCAGCAGAAGAAGGCACGGGCGCGUCUCCAUCAUGAUGGCACCGCCUCAACAGUCGCUUCUCGUUGCAAGGCCCAUCCUGUACGCGCUUGUGGUAGCAGCAGCGGGGAAUUCCCAAGAGGUAAACAUACCACGAAUGAUCUCCAAAGUGGAACCCGGAGGCACUACGAGUACAGACGCACAUGAAGAUCAGCCGGGAGACAACACUGAAGCGUUAAAUGUAGCAGCGAUACGGCAGUUACCAGCUUUCGAAACCGUUGGAACCAGCGCUCAUCUUCCCUCCAAAGAUGUUGCGGCAACUGAAGAAUCCCCGGUCGCGUUCGUCGUGGAUUCUACAGCCGACGUGGACAAAAUUUCUGGAGGCGCGUCCGCAAGAGGCCCGAUAGAGAGAUCUACCCAACGCAAGCAGCGAACAGGUCGUGUUUUCCUCGAGGAGAUGGAGCAUGCGCAUGAGCCAGAAGGCGCAGGAGAUGCACUGCACCAGACUGCACAGGAGGAAGAGCCGAGAAGGCCGAAGCAGCUACAACAGGCAAAAGCUGUGCUGGAGGAGGCACCACAGAGUGGUGCCAGUAGUACAAGCGGGCGAGCAACAGGCUCUAGAAGUACUUCUACGGAUAACUCAACGACCGAAAAACAAGCCGACCAAGGAGCCGCCAUUUCCAACGCCGUCGAAAACAUCAUGAUGAGUACCUCGUCUAGUGAACAAAAUCAUCCGCUGGAAGCAGGUAAUAAGGAAGGAGGAGCAGCAGAAAGAGGUUAUUUCCGUCCGUUGUAUCACGAAAAACCACGGGAGUCAAAUCCAAAAGCAGAACCAGGAGAUUCCGAGAAUUCAUCUGCGCCCACCGGUAGUGUGUCGUCCUCGUCGUCGUGCUGUGACGGUUAUGGAGGUCCCGAUCAUCCCAUCAUCGGAAAAGGAAAAGGAAAGGGUGACGAGGAGAUCGUAAAACCGUGGGACAGUGCCGGGGAAAACGAUGACUCUGCCCCCGGCGUGCCUCCCCGGCAGACACCUCUUGGUCCACCUCGCAGGAACCGUACAAAUGGCACGGAAGAAGAGUGUAUGAGAAUGCACCACUCGCGACCAGUUUUGAAUGUAAUGCAAAAUGCGAAUGUCAUUUCCAACACGAACACCAUCACCGACAGCCCGGGUCGAGGUCCACAGCUACACAUUGGCUUGAAAGACGGUCAGCGUGACAAAUUGAAAACACCUCAAAAAUUCACACGUAGAUUUCUCAUUCCAUGAUAGAGAAAACCACAUUUCAAAAAUUUCUGCCCUUGCUUGUCUUGCUGUCCAUGUCCUUCAAAGCAGGAAGGCGUAGUUGUGCACUCUCAUAACGUGGACCGUGGACUGGAGAAAGCGGCCGGGGUCGGAACUCGAGAAGCGACUGGGGCUGCGACCCGGGGAGACGCGGCUGAAACUGCACAAAGUGAGCCUAAUGGAGGAGAUCGUGGAUUGGUAUCCACAGAAAAAAACCCAUCCACAUCCAUUUUUUGCAUGACAAACACGUGAUUAUCACGUGUUUGUCAUGCAAAAAAUGGAUGUGGAUGGGUUUUUUUCUGUGGAUAAUUGGACGUGCUUGGUUUUGGCCAUUCUCUGCAUCAUGGCCUUCCUCAUCUUUCUGGCCUACUAUCGCCGCAAGGUGUUGGAAAACAUUGACGACGAAAAACGCAGCCGGGACCACGGGACGCUGGGGCCAGAAGAGCACUUGCAGCACGGCGACGACAGCACCGACGAGGACGAAGUCGAACAUAUGAACCCAAGGUCCCUCAGGGAAGCGGGUCUCUAGUUUUCUGGUGGAUCAUCUUGUCUAGUACCUGGUGCUGGAAUUUGAUUUUGAAAAGAAUGGAAGUUCUUUAUUGUUUCGCCGUGAAAAUGAACUUCAUCCUGCAACCACCGGAAAGAACAAAUGGAUGCUAAACUUUAUGGUUCCACCGAACUGAAAAUGUAUGAAUCAUAAAGUGACUCGAAACAGAUGACGUCUCAAGUGUUUCGAACGCAAUUUAUUGCGAGUCCUUGUCCCGC